AUGGCGGACAGUGCGAGUGAGUUGGAGAGCGAUACCAGCUCCAUUGAUGGGGGACCAACGAUGAAACCCCCGUCUCCAGCUCAGUUAGAACAGCUGCAAAAGCGACUUGAGUCAAUUCAGCAGGAAAACAGAGUGUUGAAAAUGGAACUGGAGACGUAUAAGUUAAAGUGUAAAACGUUGCAAGAAGAGAAAAAGGAACUGCAAAAAGCCAGUGUCAACAUCCAAGCCCGAGCAGAACAAGAGGAAGAAUUCAUCAGUAACACUCUGUUAAAGAAAAUCCAGGCAUUAAAGAAAGAAAAAGAAGCUUUAGCUAUGAAUUAUGAACAGGAGGAAGAAUUCCUGACAAAUGACUUAUCCAGAAAAUUGAUGCAGUUGAGACAAGAGAAGGUCGAGUUGGAGCAUACCCUGGAGAAGGAACAGGAGUACCAAGUUAACAAAUUAAUGAGGAAAAUAGAGAAAUUAGAGAGGGAAACUCUCACAAAACAAUCCACCUUGGAACAGUUGCGGAGGGAGAAGGUAGAGCUUGAGAAUGCCUUGGAACAGGAACAAGAGUCUUUAGUCAAUAGGUUAUGGAAACGCAUGGACAAGUUAGAAACAGAAAAAAGGAUGCUUCAGGAAAAACUAGACCAGCCAGUGACUGGUCCACCAUCGCCACGGGAGAUGAAUAAUGGGGACACUGCCAAUAAUCUUGCCCAGCACAUCGAGAACCUGAGGGGAGAGGUGAAUAAACUAAAGGAUAUGCUGAGAGCUGGACAGCAAGAACAUGAACAGAAAAUGGCACAGUAUGCACAGGAAGAGAAACACAUCCGCGAGGAAAAUCUUCGGCUUCAAAGAAAACUCCAAAUGGAAAUGGAACGAAGGGAAAGCCUCUGUCGCCAUCUUUCAGAGAGUGAAUCAAGCUUAGAAAUGGAUGAUGAAAGACAUUUCAACGAAAUGACAAAACAGCAAGAAAUAGGUCAUGGAGCCAGACCGCGGACAGUGUCCAGUCCUAUCCCAUAUGGCUCUCCAAACACUUCCAGACCUAUGUCACCAGGGUUGAACUAUCCAGCAUUCAGCCCCCCUAGUCCCAUGAGAAGAAGCACUGGCAGUUCUCCAUUUCAUCCUCCUUCUCAAAUGCCGAGCUCCUCACCACCGGUACACAGCCAUAUGACAAGCAUGCAUCAGAAAGCAAGGCCAAGCCCAGACAAAUUUGCCCGACCCAGUAGUUUUCCCGAAAGAAAUGAGAAGACCUGAGAAUUGGCCCGUUGACAAUACAGUGCACAUCCAUCUAGCCUGCUGCCAUAGUUACAGCUCCAGCUGUCAAACGUUUUUGGACUUUCAUUGCUCGGACUGUUUCGUUGGUGCUAUCUCUUGUGGACUUUUAGUGUUUUGUACACGCAUACUAACGCUUACCUACCACAACUGUCCCGAUGGAGGAUCAUCAUGCAGCUCUGUGUCAUCAAGGUCAAGAGCCAAGUCCGUUUAUGAGGUGCUAUCAGUACCCCACCUGUUACCAUACUGUGGAAAUUGUCAUUGAAUGAGUUGGGAAUAGAAGUUAGACGUGCAUUUCUAUUUUUCUCCCUUUUCUCAGAUUCCAGUUCUGAAUUUAGGAAAGGUUAAGUUGGCUAUGUUAUUGGUAUACUAAACCAAAUGUUGAGGUAUUUUACGAAGCAUUCUAGUCCCUGUUCUCUUGUUAAAUGUGUGUGCUUGUGUGUAUGUGAUUACUUUGGGGUCUAGAGUUGAGUUGAGUUAGUUAGUAUAGGUAGUGGGAUGGGGAUAUGGUACAAAAAAUUUUCUGCUGAAAUACAAGACAUUUUUUUGUUAAGUUUGUAAUUAUGUUAGGGAAAAAAUGCUGUCGUAUUUGUCGAUCACAAAUUAUCUGCACAAAUAUUGAUUAAGGAUUAUAUUAAUUAUGUUUUUCAUAACAUUUCUAUUGUAAAUCUAUUUUGUCCGGAAUAUCAACAAAUUAGGUAUUGGAUCAUGUUAAUGUUACUUGCAUCAAGUUCAUUUUCAGAAUGAUAAUUAAGAAUCUGGAAUCAAUCACAUCUAUCUAUGAUAAGGUAGGAUUUAUUUUGCUUUCAUUUGUAGAUUUUUAGUAAUUUUUAAGAUUUGAAAUGUUACAUUAAUUUUUUCUUGUGUGAUAAAUUGAUCCACUUUUUUUUUUUUUUUUUGUAGAUUUUAGGAUUUCCCCUUCAUGUAAUCCUUGUGAUGCUUUCUAAACUACAUACAUCUGUAAUUUAUAAAAAAAACUGUAAGAUUGUGUGUGGAACCAUCUUUCACGAAGUUUUGUAGGCACCUGAAGUUAAUUUCAACAAAAAUUGAAAUUAUCACUGUUUGUCAGUUUGUUUAUUAAUUGUGAUGUAAUUCUCAGUAAAUUUAGUUUAAUAGAUAAAUAAAUCAAAGAUAUGACACUUAGAUGAACAUUGAAUCUGGUAAAGAUUAUUAGUUUUUAUGGUGUUCAUUAAAGAAAGCUAAGGAUUGAAAUAUUAAGUUAAAAAGAAUAAGUUUUAAGUUCCAAAUAUCAUUAAACAGAAAUGAGGUCUACUUGAUGCUUGUAGGAUAUGUAAGGAUCUGUGAUAUCUGGACUUGGUGGUAAUAUACUUCUAAUGCCUAGGUAGGUUUUUUUAUGGCCGUUUCUUCGCAAAAAUUUAAUUAUCAGUGAUUUUUUUUCUACUUUAGCUUUUUACUGUCUUAUUGUUAAUUAAAACAAUUAUUGAAAAGUUGGAUUUGUUUUCUGCAUCAUCCUUUAAAAUGUACAGUGUAUUGCUUUGUUUUCAUUGAUUAUCAUCAAAUCUGUAUGAUACCAUGUGGUAUAAUAUGCAUGUAUAUGUAAAAUAAGUACUUGUAUGCGGAGAACAUCUGAUUCAGAAUUGAUAAUGUUCUAUUACUUGUGAUUUGAUGAUACCUGAAAAGUCUUCCGUUUCUUCAACUUUGUUGUGUUUCCAGUUAAAUACACAAACUAUGUACCCUGAUUUUAAUUUAUUAGCUUUUAAGCACCAAAGUUGCAGAGUCUGUACCCAUUGAAAUACUAAAUGUGACAAAUUUAAAAUUAUAUACAUGUGUAUUUUAACAGUGAUAGGAGAUCAUAGUCAGGAAACAUGUAUAUGUAUUACUAUUGUCUAGACAUAUCUUUCAUGUAAUCAUUCACCAGUUUUUCUGACAUGUUUGGUGAAAACUUCUUGAGUCUAAACAGUGUUCCCCAUUGCCUUUUACUUUGAAAAUGGGGUUAAAGUUUACAACAAUUUAUUCAUAUAUGAGUAUCCUUGAACACAGUGAGUACAGAUUUUGAAUUUUACAAAUUUAUAAGAGUUUGUACUAUUAUUGUACCAUCAUUCACAGGUUAUGAGGAACACUGUUAAAUCACUUGAGUAUUGUGACAACCUGUCUUAUCUGACACGUAUAGAAAUCUGAUUUGAAAAGAAUACUAAUUUUAAAAAUGCUGUCUUAACAUCAGAGGAGGAGGUCAGAUUGGAUGCGUUUUACUUUUCAUGUACCUGUUUUAAUUUCUGUUUAUCAUAUGUAUUGGCUGUUAUCCAGACUAGCUGCAUGAUAUACAAUUCAUUAUGUAUAGAGAAGUUUUGAGAAUCAACAAUAACACAUUAUAAGGAACCAUAGAAAUCCAUGGUGAAGUGUAGGAAAAGGAUUUUCAGAUUUAGCUAUAUUUUUAUGUGAUUAUUCGAGUCUAAACCAGUAAUGAACUUAAAUUUGUUUCAUUAAAUCUUAAUUAAUUUCAUUUUAAUGCUAUGUACCGGGAUUUGUCAGAUUGUCAUUCACUACAAACAUGUAUAAAGGCCUUCAGAACUGACUCAAUCUAUAUAUACGUUUAGAAUCAGUUGUUCAUAUCUGUAGCUUAUCACUUGUAAAGUGGAACUUUGUCAGUCUUGCCCGGUGUUAAAUCUUGUGGAUUAACAGAGAUGUCAGUGGUGUAGUUUACUUACAUUUUAGUUUGUUAAGGUAGAUUGCUUUGCUAAUUAACAAAAUUGUACUGCAAAAACGGAGAAGUAUUGUAGCAUAUUGUUUGAGGAGAAAGGUAUUUGAAGUUGUAUGUCACCAUAUGGAGGGCUGAGUCAUAUUGUUCUGUUAUACUGACUCAGCUAGAGAGGUGAAGAAAUCAUAAAACGUUACCAUGACACUGCUCUAGAUUGUAUGAUGCUGGUUAUCUGAAGGAAUGUUUCUGGAUCCGUGAUAUUGUGUUAAGUUUGUCCGUCCCUUUUUGUUUUGAAGUAUAACAACCCCUGUGAGCAAAGUGGCCAAAUAAUAGAUAUGACUUGUAUGAUAAAUUUGACUUUGUUAUACUGCCAUCUUUUUGUUCAGUUAAUAUGGGUUUUGGCAAUAUAAAGAGGGAGACAUGAAUGAGCCGGUAAAAGAGAGAAAUCUGGAUUUAAAAUGGCAGUAAGAAGAGAAAUACCAAUUAAAAGUUUGGCACUACAUCAAACAUUGACUUGUACGGGUCUGAAAGACGAAUUAAGAUUUCUGAACACCAUCACUUUCAAUAGACGACUUGUACGGGUUUGAAAGAGGCAUAUGACGAAUUAAGAUUUCUGAACACCAUCACUUUCAAUAGACGACUUGUACGGGUUUGAAAUAGGCAUAUGAAAAUUGAAGAUUUCUGAACACCAUCACUUUCAAUAGACGACUUGUACAGGUUUGAAAGAGGCAUAUGAAAAUUUAAGAUUUCUGAACACCAUCACUUUCAAUAGACGACUUGUACGGGUUUGAAAGAGGCAUAUGAAAAUUGAAGAUUUCUGAACACCAUCACUUUCAAUAGACGACAUGUAUGGGUUUGAAAGAGGCAUAUGAAAAUUUAAGAUUUCUGAACACCAUCACUUUCAAUAGGCAUACUGUAUAGUUGGUAAUAUUCAUGGGUGUUUUAUAUUUGCCGUUAUCAAGGAAAGAGUGAAGUUAUAUACACAGCAAGUAUUUAGUGUAAAUCAAAAUGUAAGAAAAUAUUUGUUACAUACCUGUAUACACAGAUGCCAGUGUUAGACAUGCGCAAAAUUUAAUCACCCAAAACAGUCCAAUCUGUAAUGACUGCAAAAUAUUAACCCCGUGAAAUUAAACAACUAUACAGUACAUGUGUUUGUUGACUCUGAGGGUUAGAUAUAACAACACAGUUUGUAUGUGUAUACCCCAAACAUAAGCAUGAUGUUUGUAUGAACAUUUUAAUCAAGAAAUUCAUUAGUUAUAGUUAUCAUUACUAAAUGAGUGAAAUAAGAUUUGUCACAAACACUGGAAUUUUUCUUAUGUUGGUUUUCUCUCAUCAGUUAUCUCCCUUGUUGGAAUGGAGAUGGCACUAGGACAUUAGUUUAGUUGGUAUGUGUAUAGAACAUAAACAUUAUUGUGUAUAUCAGAAUACCGUGACUACCUAUAGCUGCUACCAAAACAAUACCAUAUUAAUGUUCCCAUGAACAGGUAACACUUAAAAAGAAAAUUACUUUCUCUCCUUACCUGUUCAAAAGAAUGUUAUGACUAUGAAGUUUCAUUAUGUACAAACUAUAAUUUGUCUAAAUAAGGAUCUUUCCAAUGAAAGAGACAUUUCUAAAUGAUUAUCGUAUUUGUCAUAUCAUUUUGAAUCAUCUUAUUAGUUAAAUGGAGGUUGCACAUAAAUGUCGGUAUUUAUCAACUUUUACCAAAUUUAGGAUAAUAUUUUAUUGUUUGGAUAUUACCUGCACAUGCUCAAUUAUAUAUUUGCAUUUUUAUUAGUGAUAACUGUAAACUGAUGGAGGUCUGUCUUUGCUUCUUUGUGGCAUUAUAUUAAUUACAUGUUUGUGAGAUACAAUAUCAUUAGGCUUUCUGUCAGUGUGCCUGUGUGCAGACUGUCAACGAAAGAAUCGCACCAUAGAUAAAAUUACGUUGUGUUAAUUUUUUUUUGUCCUGCAAUCUUUGUUGAUCUUUUGAUUAUUUAUAAGUUGAUAGAACAUAAAGGUACAUAUUUUUUAUUUUAUAUAAGUUUGAGUGUAUAAGACAUAGAUAGUAAUUUUGAAUUGUGUUAAACAUCACGUUUCCAUGUUAUCAUACUCGAUGUGAAAUCAGUUGAUCUAUUGUGAACAUGAUUCAUGGAAACUGUGUAAAGAAUGAAUUGAUGGCUCAUAAUUUUCUCGAUUGAAAUGAUUUAAAAAAUAGAAACUUCACUUAUUUUACAACAGUUGCAAAACAAGUCAUUUCAACCGGUCUUAAUCACUCUUGUUGGCCUUGAUGUAAGUGCACGAGGGUUCUUUUUGUGAGAUAAAAAUGGAGUACCAAGAAAAACCCACAUGAUUGUGCAGGUGACCCGUUACCUUUUAUGUCCAGUCGGAGAAUCAAACCCUGGAUGGCUAGGUGAAAGACGAGUGUGUUACCACAGCACCACCUUGCCACAAAUCAGUGAAUGAUAAACAAAUAAAACAUCUCUCAGUUGUAAUGACAUUUUACGGUAUGUUUCUUCUACAUGUGUAGAACUUGAUAAACAAUAAAUAAAUUAAAGUAGUGUAGUCAAACUUGUAUUUAAGUGGCGCAAAGUAUUUAUCUGGAUAUAUAUAGCAAUGUCAGAUACAAUAUACAGUGUAAGGAACAAAACCAAGUUUAAUCUGGAAAUGUAUUUAGUGUAAACAAUAUACGCUAGUAGAGAGGAAAUUUAAUAUUAGAAAUUGCAUGAGAACUACUAAGAGAAAGAUCAAAUUCUCUAUAUGAUGCUAGUUUUGUCUAUCUGUAUGUGUUAAUGAUACUGGCAUAUCAGAACAGAAAUAUUUUGAUAAACCAACUGAUACUAUCAAGGUGGACAUGUACGUUUAGGGGAAAUUUACACUAAUUAUACAAAGAUAGAAAUGUACAUGUUGGGAAAAUUUACCCUAAAUAAGCGGAAGUCAUUUGGCCACUUACCCCAUGCACCUGAAUUUGUGACGUAACGCGUACAUAUUGAAGCAUACAUUAAAUAUGUGAAGGUAAACUGAUAGUGAAAAUAACCCCUGAACAUACAGUUUACCUAUUGAAAUUGUGAAAAUAAGUAUGUUUACAGUACUAUAUUCUGUUGAAAAAUAGCUUCAUUGUGUGCAAACAUUAUUUUUCAAAGUUUUCUUCAGCAAGGCAUUUUAAUUUGUGUUCCAAGUUAUGUGUUACUUGAUGUUUAUUUGUUUGUCAGAUAGAUGAAGUGGUAAUUGAUACCAAGUGUGGAUUACAUACUAAAUAAUACGCAGUAGUCAGUCUGUGUUCUUUUUCUCUUAUCCUCAGGGCUAGAGUCAUGUUUUGAUUUGCAAGGUAGCUAUUACAUAAUUCAAAUGAUUGAAAGAUCAAUCCAACAGUCAGAUAUAGAUCCUUAAAAUAAAAUGUUUGAAUUGAGUGCUUGAAUUCGUGAGAUCCAGUCUUCUGAUAUCUUGGAGGGGUGGGUGGAGAAAUGAGUUCAUUGGAAAUGGUUUCAUUUUGCAUUUACAGUAAACAUUGAUAUGAAACUCAUCUGUUUACUUCUGCUUUUAUUAUGUGUUCUGGUUUCCAAAAUUUGUUUGUGUUUCAUGAAUGAAUAUGGAACGUAAUGUACAAAGAGAAUAUUUUCUCAAAAUUUGCUGCUUUGAUUAGAAAUCUAUGGAAGAUGGUUUGUUAAGGAACUACUAACUCAGUUGUUUUCAGAUGGUAGAUCAGUGAAAGCACACGUUUUAGAGGAUUUCAGUAUUCUCAUUAUUCUUUUUAUAUUUUGAGACCUUUUUUUUUAGAUGUUUGAAAAUAACCCAUAAUUGUUGUACAAUUUAAAAUUUAAUACAUGUUUGUGUAGUGUAGCAUAUACUUGUUUGUUUGACGUCCAUUGUAUCAUUACCACUGAUAAGCCCACCCUUGGCAUCAGAUAUUAAAUAGUUGACAAUGAUUAAAGAAAAAUGCUUUCCUGAGACGAGAUUUAGAAAAUGAAUAAAACUUCUAUUGAAGAGGUGUUGUGGGUUUAUUUGUGGUAAAAUAAUGAAACGUUAAGCUUUUUUUAAGAUUCUUUCGUUACUAUUACAUAAUAAUCCAAAUUAUGCCUAAACAUGAACACUGUAUAUUAUAACUUGCCCAAAAGACCCUGACUACAACAUUACCAUUUCGUGUGUGUUGCCCGACUCUGUGUUGGCUCUUCACUAUCUUUGGUCCAUCAAACCAUAUCUUUUCCAUUUUGUGACCUAGAUUUAGUGUUUGUUAUAUGCUGUUGUGAUAUUAUUUGUUAAGCAUAUCUGUGAGACAUAAACGAGUGAUUGUAUAUAUUCAUGCCUAGAUGCUGUGUAUGUAUAUAUGUGUACAGAAUGUACAGAUUAAACAUUUAGUGCUAAUCCUGUCA